UUUCUUUCUUAUAUUUUUCUAUACCAGAACUAGAAGAACAUGAAUUCAUUAUCUAUCAUAUGGAUUAUCAUAUUUGGACUUUAUCAUCUUUUCUACCAAUCUACGUCAGCUUUUGAGAUAAACGGUUUUGAUGAAACACUUGAUGAACCUAGAAUCCAGUGGAAGAGAAGUGUUAAUGGAACUGAAGAAGAUUUAAAUAGAAAACAUGUAAUUCCAAUAGUGGUAAUAGUGGUAAUGCUGACAUUUCCUGUGCUUGGUAUUAUUGUAUGGUUAGUAUAUGUAAAAAUAAAGCAGAAGAAGAAAGUGGUUCACGAUGUUGAAAACCCACCGGUGGCAGCACAGCCAGAGGAAACAUCUCCUGAAAGCCCCAACAGUUUCAGGAGAGUGUGCAAAAAAAUGAAACAGAAGAUAACAAAGCAUAAGCCUGAUAUUGACAUAGAGAACCCACCAGAAACAGUUCCUUUGCAACAAACGACAUCAGCCAAAAGCCGUGUUAGUUCUGCGCUGAAAAAAUGUAAGAGAAAGAAGCAGAAGAAAGAAGUUGCUGAUGCAAAGGAACCACCAAUGACAACUGAGACGCCUUCUGAGGCAGCACAGCCAGAGGAAAACACAAAAACUGCUAAAAGGUAUGUAGGCCUCAACUAA